CCGCUGUGCCAGGAGCCCCACGCUGCCCUCCACCCCCUGCGCCGCCGCCGCUGUUGCCCCCGGGCUACGGGUAGCCGCCGCUACAGCCCCAGCUCAGGGACCCUUCCAUGAAGACUGAGGCAGGCGUAGCUGCUGAGAGCCUGCUGACAUGACGUCGGCCACGGAGUUUGAAAACGUGGGCAACCAGCCACCAUACAGCCGGAUCAAUGCCCGCUGGGAUGCCCCGGACGAUGAGCUGGAUAAUGACAACAGCUCAGCCAGGCUCUUUGAGAGGUCCCGGAUCAAGGCCUUGGCAGAUGAGCGGGAAGUUGUUCAGAAGAAGACCUUCACGAAAUGGGUCAACUCACACCUGGCGCGCGUGUCCUGCCGCAUCACCGACCUCUACAAGGACCUGCGGGAUGGGAGGAUGCUCAUCAAGCUGCUGGAGGUGCUCUCUGGAGAGAUGCUGCCAAAGCCCACGAAGGGGAAGAUGCGCAUCCACUGCCUGGAGAACGUGGACAAGGCCCUGCAGUUCCUGAAGGAGCAGCGUGUGCACCUGGAGAACAUGGGUUCCCACGACAUCGUGGACGGCAACCACCGCCUGGUCCUGGGCCUCAUCUGGACCAUCAUCCUCCGCUUCCAGAUUCAGGACAUUGUUGUCCAAACUCAGGAAGGUCGUGAGACACGCUCGGCCAAGGACGCGUUGCUGUUAUGGUGUCAGAUGAAGACAGCAGGCUAUCCCAACGUCAAUGUCACCAACUUCACCUCCAGCUGGAAGGAUGGGCUGGCCUUUAACGCCCUGAUACACAAGCACCGGCCCGACCUGAUCGACUUUGAUAAGCUGAAGGACUCCAAUGCCCGGCACAACCUGGAGCACGCGUUUGAUGUGGCUGAGCGGCAGCUGGGCAUCAUCCAGCUCCUCGACCCCGAAGAUGUCUUCACAGAAAACCCCGACGAGAAAUCCAUCAUUACCUACGUGGUGGCGUUUUACCACUACUUCUCCAAGAUGAAGGUGCUGGCAGUGGAGGGCAAGCGCGUUGGCAAGGUGAUUGACCACGCCAUUGAGACCGAGAAGAUGAUUGAAAAGUACAGCGGGCUGGCCUCGGACCUGCUCACCUGGAUCGAGCAGACCAUCACUGUCCUGAACAGCCGCAAGUUCGCCAACUCCCUGGCGGGUGUCCAGCAGCAGCUGCAGGCCUUCAGCACCUACCGAACCGUGGAGAAGCCACCUAAGUUUCAGGAGAAGGGGAACCUGGAAGUCCUCCUUUUUACCAUCCAGUCCCGGAUGAGAGCCAACAAUCAGAAAGUGUACACGCCCCAUGAUGGGAAACUGGUGUCUGACAUCAACCGGGCCUGGGAGAGCCUGGAGGAAGCCGAGUAUCGGCGGGAGCUGGCCCUGAGGAGCGAGCUCAUCCGGCAGGAGAAACUGGAGCAGCUGGCCCGGCGCUUUGACAGAAAGGCUGCCAUGAGAGAAACGUGGCUCAACGAAAACCAGCGUCUUGUGGCCCAGGAUAACUUCGGCUAUGACCUGGCAGCUGUGGAGGCCGCCAAGAAGAAGCACGAGGCCAUCGAGACAGACACGGCUGCCUAUGAGGAACGGGUGAGGGCCCUGGAGGACCUGGCCCGGGAGCUGGAGCUGGAGAAUUACCACGACCAGAAGCGCAUCACAGCCCGCAAGGACAACAUCCUGCGCCUGUGGAACUACCUGCAGGAGCUGCUGCAGUCUCGGCGCCAGAGGCUUGAGACGACCCUGGCCCUGCAGCAGCUCUUCCAGGAUAUGCUGCAUAGCAUUGACUGGAUGGAUGAGAUCAAGGCUCACCUCUUGUCUGCCGAGUUCGGGAAGCACUUGUUGGAGGCCGAGGACUUGCUGCAGAAACACAAGUUGAUGGAGGCUGACAUCGCCAUCCAAGGGGACAAAGUGAAGGCCAUCACUGCAGCCACACUGCAGUUCACCGAGGAGACAGGGUACCAGCCUUGUGACCCCCAGGUCAUCCGGGACCGCGUCAGCCACCUGGAGCAGUGCUUUGCGGAGCUGAGCAACACCGCAGCUGGGCGCAAGGCCCAGCUGGAGCAGUCAAAGAGGCUCUGGAAGUUAUUCUGGGAGAUGGAUGAGGCCAAGAGCUGGAUCAAGGAGAAGGAGCAGAUUUACUCCUCCCUGGGCUAUGGGAAGGACCUGACCAGCGUGCUCAUCUUGCAGCGCAAGCACAAGGCCUUUGAGGAUGAGCUGCGCAGGCUGGACCCCCACCUGGACCAGAUCUUUCAGGAGGCUGAGGACAUGGUGGCACUCAAGCAGUUUGGGUACCCGAAGAACGAGGCCUGGGUCAAGGAGGUGUCUGCCCAGUGGGACCAGCUGAAGGAGGUGCCUGCCCAGUGGAACCAGCUGAAGGAGCUGGCUGCCUCUCGCAAGAAGAACCUCCAGGAUACUGAGAACUUCUUCCAGUUCCAGGGUGAUGUGGAUGACCUGAAGGCCUGGCUGCAAGAUGCCCACAAGCUGCUCUCAGGAGAAGAUGUGGGACAGGAUGAAGGAGCCACACGGGCCCUGGGGAAAAAGCACAAGGACUUCCUGGAGGAGCUGGAGGAGAGCCGCGGGGUGAUGGAGCAUCUGGAACAGCAGGCCCAGGACUUCCCCGAAAGGUUCCGGGAUUCCCCAGAUGUGACCAACCGGCUACAGGUCCUCAGGGAUCUGUACCAACAGGUGGUGGCCCAGGCAGACCUGCGUCGGCAGAGGCUGCAGGAUGCCCUGGACUUGUACACGGUGUUUGGGGAGACAGAUGCCUGUGAGCUGUGGAUGGGCGAGAAGGAGAAGUGGCUGGCCCAGAUGGAUAUCCCAGACACGCUGGAGGACCUGGAGGUUGUGCAGCACAGGUUUGACAUCCUGGACCAGGAGAUGAAGACUUUGAUAGCACAGAUUGACGGCGUGAAUGUUGCUGCCAACAGCCUGGUGGAGAGUAACCAUCCACGCAGCGCGGAAGUGAAACAGUACCAGGACCAUCUGAACACCAGGUGGCAGGAAUUCCAGACCAUGGUGUUGGCCCGGCGGGAGGCGGUGGACUCCGCCCUCCGGGUGCACAACUACUGUGUGGACUGUGAGGAGACCAGCAAGUGGAUCAUCGACAAGACGAAGGUGGUGGAGUCCACAAAAGAUCUGGGCCAGGACCUGGCGGGGGUCAUGGCCAUUCAGCGCAAGUUGUCGGGGCUGGAGCGCGAUGUGGCUGCCAUCCAAGUCCGCGUCGGGGCCCUGGAGCAGGAGUCACAUCAGCUGAUGGAGUCACACCGUGAGCAGGAGAAGGACAUUGGCGAGCGGCAGGCGUAUGUGGAGGAGCUGUGGCAGGGCCUGCAGCAAGCCCUGAAGGGCCAGGAGGCCUUACUGGGGAAAUCCAGCCAGCUGCAGGCCUUCCUGCAGGAUCUGGAUGCCUUCGAGGCCUGGCUGUCCACGGCCCAGAAGGAAGUGGCCUCUAAGGACAUGCCCGAGUCCCUCCCGGAGGCCGAGCAGCUCCUGCAGCAGCAUGCGGCCCUCAAGGAUGACAUUGACAGGCACCAGGAGAACUACCAGCAUGUCAAGGCAUCCGGGGAGAAGGUGAUCCAUGGCCAGACAGACCCAGAGUACCUGCUUCUGGGCCAACGGCUGGAGGGCCUAGAUAAGGGCUGGGAUGCCCUGUGCCGGAUGUGGGAGAGCCGUGGCCACACCCUUGCCCAGUGCCUCGGCUUCCAGGAAUUCCAGAAAGAUGCCAAGCAGGCUGAAGCCAUCCUCAGCAACCAGGAAUAUACUCUGGCUCACUUGGAGCCCCCAGACUCCCUAGAAGCUGCAGAGGCCGGGAUCCGGAAGUUUCAAGAUUUCUUCACAACUAUGGAGAACAACCGAGAUAAGGUCUUGAGUCCUGUGGACUCUGGAAACAAGCUGGUGGCCGAGGGAAACCUCUACUCAGACAAGAUCAAGGAGAAGGUGCAGCAGAUAGAGGACAGGCACAAGAGGAACAACGAGAAGGCCCAGGAAGCCUCAGUUCUUCUGCAAGACAACCUGGCGCUCCAGAACUUCCUGCAGAACUGCCAGGAGCUCACUCUCUGGAUCAAUGACAAGCUUCUGACAUCUCAGGAUGUCUCCUAUGAUGAUGCGCGAAACCUUCACAACAAGUGGCUGAAGCACACGGCAUUCGAGGCGGAGCUGGCUUCUCAACAGGGCUGGCUAGAGAACAUUGAUGCGGAAGGAAAGCAGCUGAUGGAGGAGAAGCCCCAGUUUGAGGCCCUGGUGUCCCAGAGGCUGGAAGCUUUGCACCGACUCUGGGAUGAGCUCCAGGCCACCACCAAGGAGACAGGCCAGCGCCUCUCAGCUGCCAGGAGCUCCGACCUGCGCUCGCAGACCCACGCCGACCUCAACAAAUGGAUCAGGGCCAUGGAGGACCAGCUGCGGUCAGACGACCUGGGCAAGGACCUGACCAGCGUCAACAGGAUGCUGGCUAAGCUGAAGCGUGUGGAGGACCAAGUGAAUGUGCGGAAGGAGGAGUUGGGGGAGCUGUUUGCCCACAUGCCCUCGCCGGGAGAGGAGGCUGAAGAUGAAGAUUUGAGCAUUGAGAAGCGGUUCCUGGACCUCCUGGAGCCCUUGGGGAGGAGGAAGAAGCAGCUAGAGUCAUCCAAGGCCAAGCUGCAGAUCAGCCGGGACUUAGAGGAUGAGACGCUCUGGGUGGAAGAGAGGCUGCCUCUGGCCCAGUCGACCGACUACGGCGCGAAUCUGCAAACCGUGCAGCUGUUCAUGAAAAAGAACCAGACACUGCAGAACGAGAUCCUGGGCCAUGCGCCACGGGUGGAGGAUGUGCUGUACAGAGGGCACCAGCUGGUAGAGGCGGCUGAGAUUGACUGCCAGGACAUCGAGGAGCGCCUGGGGCACCUGCAGAAUUCGUGGGACACACUGCAGGAGGCGGCGGCCGGGCGGCUACAGCGCCUGUGGGACGCCAGCGAGGCACAGCAGUACUACCUGGACGCCGGCGAGGCUGAGGCCUGGAUCAGCGAGCAGGAGCUCUACGUCAUCUCUGAUGAGAUGCCCCAGGAUGAAGAGGGCGCCAUCGUGAUGCUGAAACGGCACUUGCGGCAGCAGCGCAUGGUGGAGGAGUACGAGAGGAACAUCAAGCAGCUGGCCGGCCGGGCCCAGAGCCUCCUGGCUGCAGGCCACCCUGAGGGGGAACAGAUCAUCAGACUUCAGGGACAAGUGGACAAGCAUUAUGCAGGGCUGAAGGACAUGGCAGAGGAUCGGAAGCGGAAGCUGGAGAACAAGUACCGCCAAUUCCAGAUGGAGAGGGAGGCAGAUGACCUGGAGCAGUGGAUCUUGGAGAAGGACCUGGUGGCCUCCUCCCCAGAAAUGGGGCAAGACUUUGACCAUGUGACUCUACUCCGGGACAAGUUCCGGGACUUUGCCCGGGAGACAGGGGCAAUUGGGCAGGAACGGGUGGACAAUAUGAAUGCCCUCAUUGAGCACCUCAUCGACGCGGGCCACGAAGAGGCAGCCAGCAUCGCCGAGCGGAAGGACGGGCUGAAUGAGAUGUGGGCGGACGUGCUGGAGCUCAUUGACACGCGCAUGCAGCUGCUGGCCGCCUCCUACGACCGGCACCGCUACUUCUACACUGGUAAUGAGAUCCUGGGCCUCAUUGAUGAGAAGCACCGCGAGCUGCCAGAGGACGUGGGGCUGGACGCCAGCACCGCUGAGUCCUUCCAUCGUGUGCACACAGCCUUUGAACGGGAGCUCCACCAGCUAGGCGUGCAGGUACAGCAAUUCCAGGAUGUGGCCACCCGCUUGCAGGCAGCGUACGCUGGAGAGGAGGCAGACAGCAUCCAGAACAAGGAGCAGGAGGUGUCUGCCGCGUGGCAGGCAUUGCUUGAUGCUUGUGCCGGGCGCCGCACACAGCUGGUGGACACGGCAGACAAAUUCCGCUUCUUCAGCAUGGUCCGAGACCUCCUCUCCUGGAUGGAGACCAUCAUCCGGCAGAUCGAGACCCAGGAGAGGCCCAGGGAUGUUUCCUCAGUGGAACUGCUCAUGAAGUAUCACCAGGGCAUCUGGGCGGAGAUGGACACGCGGAGCAAGAACUUCAGUGCCUGCCUGGAGCUCGGCGAGUCCCUGCUGCAGCGGCAGCACCAGGCUUCGGACGAGAUCAGGGAGAAACUGCAGCAGGUGGUGUCCAAAAAGAAGGAGAUCGAUGAGAAGUGGAAGGCCCGCUCUGAUCGGCUCAGCAUGUUGCUGGAAGUGUGCCAGUUCUCUCGGGAUGCCUCUGUGGCCGAAGCGUGGCUGAUCGCCCAGGAGCCCUACCUGUCCAGCCGGGACUUUGGACACACAGUGGACAGCGUGGAAAAGCUCAUCAAGAGGCACGAGGCUUUCGAGAAGUCCACGGCCAGCUGGGAACCGCGCUUUGCUGCCCUGGAGAAGCCCACCACGCUUGAGCUCAAAGAACGCCAGACCCCGGAGAGACCCAAAGAGGAUGCUGGGCCUCAAGAGGAGGAAGGCGAGACAGCAGGGGAGGCUCCCCGAGGUCCCCACCGAGCAGCCACCGAGAGAACGUCCCCGGGGGAAGAAAGGCGGUGGCCUCAGGACCUGCAGCCGCCACCCCCGCCAGGGCCGCAGGAGGAAGGGCAGGAGGAGAAAUCCAGCGCAGAUGAGAGGCCGGCCACGGAGCCCCUCUUUAAGGUCCUGGACACGCCUCUGAGCGAGGGCGAAGAGCCGACAACGCUGCCAUCCCAGCGGGACCACGGGCACAGCGUGCAGAUGGAGGGCUACCUGGGCCGCAAGCACGACCUGGAGGGACCCAACAAGAAGGCAUCCAACAGGUCCUGGAGCAACCUGUACUGUGUACUCAGGAAUAGUGAGCUGACCUUCUACAAGGAUGCCAAGAACCUGGCCCUGGGGGUACCCUACCAUGGGGAGGAGCCCCUGGCCCUGAGACAUGCCAUCUGUGAGAUUGCUGCCAACUACAAGAAGAAGAAGCAUGUCUUUAAGCUGAGGCUGAGCAAUGGCAGCGAGUGGCUCUUCCACGGCAAGGAUGAGGAGGAGAUGCUGUCCUGGCUGCAGGGCGUGAGCACGGCCAUCAACGAGUCCCAAAGCAUCCGGGUCAAGGCACAGAGCCUGCCCCUGCCCUCCAUCACCGGCCCCGACGCCAGCCUCGGCAAGAAAGACAAGGAGAAGAGAUUCAGCUUCUUCCCCAAAAAGAAGUAGCCUCUUGGGCGCCCCGCGGGUGGGGCCAGUGCGACGACGGGACGUGCAGGGCCGAGCGCCUCCCUCCUCGGUCGGGUCCUCCGCAGCCGCCUGCCGCCUGCCUGCUGUGAGUCGCUGGCCGGGCCUCGGGCCCCGCUGCACUGCAACAGCUGCCUGCUCUGCGCGCCCUCCGCCGCCGCAGCCCGGAGCCCCCUGCAGACCGAGCGCGGGCUCCAGGGCCAAGGCUCCCAGCGCUGCUGCUGCCCUCUGGGCUCGGCGAGGGAAACAGUCUUCGAGGUCCACGCCCUUCCCUCCCUGCCCCUCCCUGCCCUUGGCCGAGGGGCGCCCGCACACCCCCUCCCCACCCUGCCCCCCGACCUUGAGCCACACGAGCUGAAGAAGGCUGAUGGGCUUCCUCAGACGCUGCCCACUCCCAGAGCAAGUCGUGCUCGGGCACCUCCCACGAGGUCACAGCCAGGUAAGGGGAAGGGGACGAGGACUCUGGAAACGCCUGACCUGCCCCAUAGGAGCGUGAGGAAGGAGGCUGGGCGUGGUUGUUCUGGGCCAGGGGCUGCUGGGGACUGAGGGGCAGCACAGGAUGGCCUCUUCCCCACUGAGCUUCCUCAGACCAGGGACUCUCACCUCAGGGGCCACGGCAUCCCCUCCUUGCUCCUCCUCCCACCAAAAGAUAGGGGCACCCUCCAGGGUCUCUGGGUCCUGAGUGCCAGGGGACUGCCACUGCCUCUAGCAUUUCUUGCUGCCACCACACGCAGUGGUGGGAACAGUAAGCUCUCAAGCCGGCCCUCUUUUUAAACUCGUUAAGGGUUUAGGGCUCAGGCCAGAAGGAGGCAGGUCUCCACGCUGCCUAAGGCUCCGCCUGGCCACUCUGGGACCCUCCCCACCUCCCAGUUGCCAAACCAGCAAUAUCCCACUCAGACCCCUUAGGGAGACAGUGCAGGUCCCCAGAUACAAGGUGGACACCCCAGGGCCUGGAGUAGAGCAUCCCAAAGCCAAACACCCCAACGUUUCCUACCUACAGCUGGUCCCAUCUGAGGGUGCUGGCUGGAUAGACAGCAAAGUUCAUGACCUGUCACCCUGGGGUGGCAAAGGUGGCCCUACCUGGGUAUUAUGACCCUCACAACAACUCCUGGAUGGCUGGGACAAAGGCUGGGGCCAGAGCCAUGAAGCUGUGGCACCCUUGCUCAGCUUCUCCUGAAGGUUCUGGCCUUCAGGCUUGGGUGGGGGCCACAUGGGUAUUUACCCCCCACCCCACCCCACCCCAUCUCAAGCACAGCCGCCAGGGGCCCUGCAACCUCUGUCCCCUGGGAUAGCGUUCCUCUGCUGCUAAGAUCAGACUUCUGGAGGGAAGAGGUACCACAGGGACUUUCUCUGCCACUCUGAAAGCAAUACAGUUCCAGCCCAGCAUCUUAACUGGGGUUAGGUCCAAAAGCGGGGUUUAGUUGCAGGCAGCAGCCGUUUCCCCUGAGCAGACCACAAAGGACCCUGGGGCCUGCAACUGCUGUUCCCAUCACCUUCCCCAUGGGAAGGAGCCUUAGACAUACUGAGAUGAUCCCCCAGGAGUGGGUGAGGCUCAGGUAGAAACUACAGGCAUAGGCAUUCAGAGUUACUAGGUCUUCCUAGGAGCCCUUAGUGCUCGAGGUCAGUACCACCAUGUCAACGGAAGGCACCUUCCGCAGCCAAGACCCACGGGAGACGUUGUCUCAUGGAGCUGACAAGGGGCCCCACCUCUGAAGCCAGGGUCCUCAUUUGGCCGCUAUGCAUCUAACCCCGCUGCGCCCCCAACAGGGAACUUAAUCCAUCCCGCUCUCACUCGUCUCUCUACAGCUGGGAAACCAAGGCAGGGGGCAGUGAGGUGACAACACUCACCUGGCCGUAUAGACGGCCUCUAGUGCAUCAGAGGGCAUGUCCUACUCCAGGGCUGAUAGCAUGUUCCUUGCUGAUGGUGGCAAGAAUCUCCCUCAGCUAGUUCCGUGGGCCAGUCGUUCGAGAGCCUGGGGGCCACUGUCUUCCACCCACUUGUGCCAAAGUAGCACCUGUAGGGAGGAAUUUCAGCCAACUCCGCCAUCCCAAGAAGGAAAGGACCUCAAGGAAGAGCUAGGCUAUCACCACGCCUGGACCCCCGGACUGGGCAAGAGCAGCAGCUGCAUGGGCCCCGCCAGCUACAGCCUGCACACGCCCCCUCAUAUCACACAGGCCCCAAGACACUCAGCCAACUGCACUGAAACUGCAGGCACCCCACUUUGGGACUCCGUGCCACGCUGGGGUGCUGGGGAGGCAGAGAGCUAAACCCCUGGUGCCCCGGCAAGGUUGGUUUGUUUCCCCUCCUCCAUUUUCUACUUUUGCAGUCUUUAACAGUACCCCCAAACUAGGUUGGCACAGCUCCAGUCCACACCAGCAUACCAGGCUUCCUCCCCUGGGGCGGUCAGAGGACGCUCCUUCUGGGCUUGGUCAGGCGGUCCCUUCCCUCUCGCCUUCCCCUUUGUCCCCUGGCCUCACUGACUGGUAGAGGGAGGAUGGGUCGGUCCUUGGCUUCCCUCCCCCGACUAGCACCCUUACCAGGAGGCCUGGGGGAGGGGAGGGGAGGCUUCCCUGCCACCCCACUCCUCCUUUCUGCCCCUCAGAGGGCAAAUAGAGUCCCCAAGGCUGGCCCUGGAUCUCCCUCCUCCCUUCCAUGGGAGGGGGCAGAGAUCCAGAGGACCCGUGGCUCGGUCCUUGGACAAGCAAGCUCAGGGAGGAUGCACGGGAGGAGGCGGCUGCAGAGACUGCAACCCUGUUGGGCACAGACCAUGCAAUCUGAGGCUGGGCCUUGUCCUCCACCUGCUCAAAUGUGCUUCCACCGACCAGAGGACACCAUUUACUAGUUUUUCUAAUAAAUCAAUAAUGCUCCAUG